GCCGGGCCUAUGAAGAAUAGAUGGAGGACUAUUUGAACCAUACGACACCGUACGUCUCGCCAUCACCGCACAAUAAUGACCAUGCUUACUUCCUUCUCAUCCCCAUUGUCCUGGUCAUGCUGGUCGUGGUGGCAAUGGGAUUGUACUACAAAAGUCGAUAUCUGGCUGAUGAGCUGCGUCACAGGCUGAUCCCCAUGUACACAUAUGACCCUGCAGAACAAGAUGAAGAUGAUUUACAGUACGGCAGUGAAGAUGAGACAGAGAAGGAACCACUGCACAGAUAUGGACGUCUAACUCUUAAUUCUGAAUCAGGAAACUGACUCUGGGACUGAGAUGUUAUAUGAAAAUGAAGAAACACCUUUGUGACAAUAUUUAAUUUUAUUAGGUUUUGGCAAAUUUAGUUUUCAUCCAAUUUUUUAAGAUGGCCAAAUGUGCAAGAUAGAACAAAAAUAUAAAAACGUUAUAUAUGUUAUCUUACUCAUGUUUCAUAGGUUUAUUAAUUUCUUUUAUUCUUAAUUGACUUUAUAAAGUGAAAACAUUGGAAUAAACUACUUAAAAAGUAACUGGAAAUAAAAAUGGCUAUUUAAUUUAA